CAACAUUAAUUAAACUACCAAACAAAAAAUUUUCUUAUGUAUGAAUCAUGAGGUGGUACAGAUCCGAUAAGCAUCGGAUCCAAAGUUAGAUCCAAUAAGCAUCCGACAAAGCUUUUCAAUUGAUUCGCCACAAAAAGGCCUUACCGGGUUUCAACCCGCAAACCCGGAUCCGCUUUCGCCUCCCAAGAGAAGAGACCUCCUCGCCGCCGUUUCUCCAACCUCGUACCACCAUGGCUCGAAGCCGGUGGGUCUCCAAGCUCCCCAUAGGCCUCGGCCUCGGCCUCGGUUUCGGAAUUGCUUGGAAAUCGAGCUAUGACGGCGACUCCUCUCCAGUUGAGAAGCUGACGCUCGCCGCCGACGGUGUCGUGCGAUCCUCUCGCGCUGUCUACACUAUUGCUUUCAUUGUGGCCGAUUAUAAGCUCUCGCUUCGUAGAUUUUCUUCUGAUUCGCCAGAGUAUCGAACCAAGCUAUCCGAGGUUCAUCUUCGGUCGGCCAAGAAGCUGCUCAGCUUGUGUGAAUUCAAUAAAGGUUUCUAUGUGAAGGCUGGUCAAUUUGUUUCGGCUUUAAGACAAGUCCCUAAGGAAUACUCUACGACUCUUUCAUCCUUGCAAGAUCAGGCGAAUCCUUAUCCUUUCAAAGAUAUCAGAGAAGUGAUUGUCAAGAAUUUGGGCAAAGAUUUAACUCAAAUAUUUUUGUCUUUUGAUGAGCAACCAAUUGCUGCUGCAUCAAUUGCUCAAGUACAUCAUGGGCUAUUGAAGGAUAACCAGGAAGUUGCAGUCAAGGUACAAUACCCUGGCUUAAAGCAGCGGAUGAAGAUCGACAUCACAACUAUGUCUAUCCUUUCAACAUCAGUGUCCUGGAUUUUCCCUGACUACAGGUUUGGCCAAAUAGUGUCUGAAUUUGAGAGAGCCAUGAAUUUGGAAUUGGAUUUUAUUCAAGAGGGAAACAAUUCUGAGAGAACAGCCAGAAAUUUUAAAAAGAACAAUGUCAUAAAGAUUCCUCAUGUUUACUGGGAUCUGACGACAAGCCAAGUUCUAACAAUGGAGUUCUGCAGAGGUCAAAAGGUUGAUGACUUGGAUUUUCUGAAGCAGUCGGGUAUAAAUCCAUUAAAGGUUGCCAAAGCACUCAUGGAUGUAUUUUCAGAGAUGAUAUUUGUCCAUGGUUUUGUGCAUGGAGAUCCCCACCCUGGCAACAUUCUAGUUUCUCCUGUCAGUCAUGGUGGCUUCUCUUUAGUUCUUCUAGAUCAUGGAAUCUAUACAGAGUUGGAUGAAAUGUUCCGAAUUAAUUAUUGCCAGCUUUGGAAGGCUCUGAUUCUUCAGGAUCCACAGAAGAUACGGCAACUUGGUGAACAGUUGGGUGUUGGCAAGUACUCAAAAUACUUGCCUGUUAUUUUCACCGGGAGAACUAUGGAAAGUAAAUCAGUGCUCGGGACACAAAUGUCUAACGAGGAGAAAAAACAUCUUAAGCAAGAGCUGCGUUCACUGAAGAUGGAUGACAUUUCAUCAUUUAUGGAAUCCUUACCCCCUGACUUUCUUUCAAUUCUACGGACAGAUGGUUUGCUGAGAUCCACUCUGAGCAAGCUGAGCACUCCGAGACACAUCCGUCUUCUUGCUUAUGCUAAAUAUGCUAUAUAUGGCCUUACAGUUAACUCCAACACAGGUUUCUCAGUUGAAAAGGUCCUUUCCAGGAUAACAGCAGAUAUAACUUAUCUUCAGUUGAGGCUACUUCUUGGAAUCUUGGAGCUGGUUUCCAAAAUCAAAGAUAUGAGACAGUAUCUGAAUAACAAGAUGGAAACUAUAUCUGAAAUGGUAACUUCUCUGUAUUUUAGUUUGUAUUUGUUCAUCAAGCGCGCUUUUACAGUGCUUUAGUGGAGCUAAAGGAAGUGAGAACCGGGCACAGAAACUUCGGCAGAAGGUUUUUUUUUUUUUUUCUUCCAUGCGAAAAGUCCAGUGAUAACACACUUUUAAGUGCAAGAGAUCCCUGACUUCUAGAUACAUUGGAUACUUGAUCAUAAAGCUUUGUGCUCAACUCAAUGUAAACUAUAAAACAGUGUGUCCAUUCCCAGGAUAAAGAUGGGAAAUAUUCUAUAUGAUUCACCUUUGCAGAGAACAAGUUACAAUUGCAAUUGCAAAUGUAAUAUCUACCAUUACUUCUUGAAUAAAAUAUAGGGCACAAAAUCUGCAGAGCUUGGCAUCAAUAACUCGUCUCUGCAUUUUAUGCUAUC